AUGGGGAUUAACUCUGGAGUUAACAUUUCAGAUGAUGUUGCACUUUAUGGGGGAAAAAGUGCCUUUACUCAAAUAGAGCACAACAUUGUGGCUGGAUAUCUUAUUACUGCAGGAGUCAUCAGUUUAACAAGCAACAUCGUGGUGCUGCUCAUGUUUGUGAAGUUCAGGGAGCUCCGCACGGCCACCAACUUCAUUAUAAUCAACCUGGCUUUUACUGACAUUGGAGUGGCUGGUAUCGGCUAUCCCAUGUCAGCUGCCUCAGACAUCCACGGCAGCUGGAAAUUCGGCUACACCGGUUGUCAGAUCUAUGCAGCUCUUAACAUCUUCUUUGGCAUGGCCAGUAUUGGCCUGUUGACUGUGGUGGCCGUCGACCGCUAUCUCACCAUCUGCAGACCAGACAUAGGGCAGAAAAUGACGAUGCGAUCAUACAACCUUCUCAUUCUGGCAGCAUGGCUGAAUGCUGUGUUCUGGUCCUCCAUGCCCAUAGUGGGAUGGGCUGGAUAUGCCCCUGACCCCACUGGAGCUACAUGCACCAUCAACUGGAGACAGAAUGAUGCCUCCUUCAUCUCCUACACUAUGGCAGUGAUCGUCGUGAACUUUGUGUUGCCUCUGUCUGUCAUGUUUUACUGCUACUACAACGUGUCAGCCACUGUGCAGAGAUACAAAGCUGGCAACUGCCUGGACAGCAUCAACAUCGACUGGUCGGAUCAGAUGGAUGUCACCAAGAUGUCCAUAGUGAUGAUUGUCAUGUUCCUGGUGGCCUGGUCUCCCUACUCCAUCGUGUGCCUCUGGGCAUCAUUUGGUGACCCCAAGACCAUACCUGCCGCGAUGGCCAUCAUCGCUCCACUGUUUGCCAAAUCCUCCACUUUUUACAACCCCUGCAUUUAUGUCAUUGCCAACAAAAAGUUCAGAAGAGCCAUAAUAGGGAUGGUCCGAUGUCAAACCAGGCAGCGAGUCACCAUCAAUACCCAGGUUCCCAUGACAACCUCCCAACAACCUCUGACCCAGUGAGGUGACAUUGCCUCAGUAUGACUCUGUAAUAAUAUACCCUGACAUUGAAUCACUGUUUUUCUUUCUGUUGGAGCUAUUUGUUGCUGUUGGACGUUGUAA